AUGCAGAGAGGUUUCUUGCUAGCUGCAGCGGAGAAGACCGAGAAGAAGAAGAGCGAGAAGAAGUCUGAGCCUGAGCCUGACCAGUCCGGUGUGGCCGUGACAUCUUCCGUGGGCUAUCGUGUCGAGAAAGAGCCCGGCAUCAAGAUCCUGAAGUUCGACUCAGAUGUGGAUGUGAAUCUGAGCGACGUGGACGGGAUGCUGAAAGUGUUUGCGAAGCCCUGUCAGAAGUGA